GAAAGAGAGAGAGAGAGAGCGCGGAAGGCUACUGAUUGACAGUUAUCUCACUGGUGGCUUCCUGCUGGAGUUGCCAUCUGUUCUGCAUCGCGAUCGAUCUUCUCUCUCUAUUCAAAGGCGGGAGGGAUUUCGGCCGACAUCUCUUUAGUUACUUUUGCGCGAGAGGAAUAGGAUUUAUAUUGCGUCGGGCAUGUCGGCCGGUUGCGCAUUUGAGUAAGGCUGUUAAAUCUGAUCGCAGUGAUAUUGUUCGCAUCAGAGCAUAGUGACGAUGGAUUCUGAAGGAGAAACCAAGGGGAAGUCUUUAAAGACCAUUGGUGGUCAGGUCUGCCAGAUUUGUGGUGAUAGUGUUGGCACAGCUGUGGAUGGUGAGCCAUUUGUUGCAUGUGAUGUCUGCUCCUUUCCGGUUUGCAGGCCAUGCUAUGAAUAUGAAAGAAAGGAUGGGAAUCAGUCUUGUCCCCAAUGCAAGACCAGAUACAAGAGGCACAAAGGAAGUCCUGCAAUCCAUGGUGAAGGGGGGGACGAUGGUGAUGCUGAUGAUGGUGCCAGCGAUCUUCAUUACUCUUCUCAAAAUCAGAAUGAGAAGCAUAAGAUUUCAGAGCGUAUGUUGAGCUGGCACAUGACCUAUGGCCGUGGUGAAGACAAUGAGGCUCCCAAGUAUGACAAAGAGGUGUCCCACAACCACAUCCCUUUGCUCACAAAUGGAACAGAUGUUUCUGGAGAACUGUCAGCAGCAUCACCUGAACGAUUUUCAAUGGCAUCUCCUGGUCUUGGAGGUGGGAUGAAGCGCAUACCUCAUUCAAUUGAUGCAAACCAAUCACCCAAUAUCAGGGUUGUGGAUCCAACAAGGGAAUUCGGAUCUCCUGGACUGGGUAAUGUUGCUUGGAAAGAAAGAGUUGAUGGCUGGAAGAUGAAACAAGACAAGAAUGCUGUCCCACUGACUACUAGCCGUCCUCCUUCUGAAAGAGGAGGUGGAGAUAUUGAUACUGUUACAGAUAUUCUUGUUGAUGAUUCUUUGCUGAAUGAUGAAGCUCGUCAGCCUCUUUCGAGGAAAGUUUCCAUUCCAUCAUCCAGGAUAAAUCCAUAUAGGAUGGUUAUUGUCCUGCGGCUUGUUAUUUUGUGCAUUUUCCUGCACUAUCGAAUUACAAACCCAGUACCCAAUGCCUUUCCUCUGUGGUUGCUAUCUGUGAUUUGUGAGAUUUGGUUUGCAAUAUCCUGGAUUCUGGAUCAGUUCCCUAAGUGGCUGCCUGUAAAUCGUGAAACAUAUCUUGAUAGACUUGCUCUUAGAUAUGAUAGAGAAGGAGAGCCAUCACAGUUAGCUGCUGUUGAUAUAUUUGUCAGUACUGUUGAUCCUCUAAAGGAGCCACCUCUUGUUACGGCAAAUACUGUCCUAUCGAUUCUUGCAGUUGAUUAUCCUGUUGAUAAGGUCUCUUGCUAUGUGUCUGAUGAUGGUGCUGCAAUGCUGACUUUUGAAGCUCUAUCAGAAACAGCUGAGUUUGCCAGGAAAUGGGUUCCUUUCUGUAAGAAAUUCAAUAUUGAGCCAAGAGCUCCUGAGUGGUACUUUUGUCAGAAGAUUGACUACUUGAAGGACAAAGUUCAGCCAUCCUUUGUGAAAGAUCGUAGGGCUAUGAAGAGAGAAUAUGAAGAAUUCAAGAUACGUGUCAAUGCACUUGUUGCUAAGGCUCAAAAAGUCCCUGAAGAAGGAUGGAUCAUGCAAGAUGGUACUCCAUGGCCUGGAAAUAACACCAGGGAUCAUCCAGGAAUGAUUCAGGUUUUCUUGGGUCAAAGUGGAGGGCUUGACACUGAUGGUAAUGAGCUGCCUCGGUUAGUCUAUGUUUCUCGUGAGAAGCGUCCAGGCUUUCAACAUCACAAGAAAGCUGGUGCUAUGAAUGCACUUGUUCGCGUAUCAGCAGUUCUUACAAAUGGACCAUUCUUAUUGAAUCUUGAUUGUGAUCACUACAUAAACAACAGCAAGGCGUUGCGAGAAGCAAUGUGCUUUAUGAUGGAUCCUAAUCUUGGAAAAUAUGUCUGCUAUGUUCAAUUUCCACAGAGAUUUGAUGGUAUCGAUAGGAAUGAUCGAUACGCCAAUCGUAACACUGUUUUCUUUGAUAUAAACUUGAGAGGUUUGGAUGGACUUCAAGGACCUGUGUAUGUCGGUACUGGAUGUGUCUUCAACAGAACAGCAUUAUAUGGUUAUGAACCUCCUAUCAAGCCUAAGAAAAAGAAAACUGGGUUUUUGACUUCCUGCUGUGGCGGGUCUAGAAAGAAUAGUUCUAAGUCAAGUAAGAAGGGUUCAGACAAGAAAAAAUCUAGCAAGCAUGUGGAUCCCACUGUGCCAAUAUUCAAUUUGGAGGAUAUUGAGGAAGGAGUUGAAGGAGCUGGGUUUGAUGAUGAGAAAUCGCUACUCAUGUCUCAAGUGAGCCUUGAGAAAAGGUUUGGUCAAUCAUCUGUUUUUGUUGCAUCCACACUUAUGGAGAAUGGUGGUGUUCCUCAGUCUGCUACUCCAGAGAAUCUUCUCAAAGAGGCAAUUCAUGUCAUCAGUUGUGGAUACGAGGAUAAAACAGAAUGGGGAAGUGAGAUAGGAUGGAUUUAUGGUUCUGUUACAGAAGAUAUUCUUACAGGGUUCAAAAUGCAUGCCCGUGGUUGGAGGUCAAUUUACUGCAUGCCUAAGAGGCCUGCCUUUAAAGGGUCUGCUCCUAUUAAUCUUUCAGAUCGUUUGAACCAAGUGCUUCGAUGGGCUUUGGGAUCUGUGGAAAUUCUUUUCAGUAGACACUGUCCCAUAUGGUAUGGGUAUAAUGGAAGGUUGAAGUGGCUCGAGAGAUUGUCAUAUAUUAACACUACCAUUUAUCCAGUCACGGCCAUUCCUCUUCUUAUUUAUUGUACACUUCCAGCUGUCUGUCUACUUACUGGGAAGUUUAUCAUUCCACAGAUUAGUAAUCUUGCUAGCAUCUGGUUUAUCUCUCUCUUUCUUUCCAUCUUUGCAACUGGUAUACUUGAGAUGAGGUGGAGUGGUGUUGGGAUCGAUGAAUGGUGGAGGAAUGAACAGUUUUGGGUUAUCGGUGGUGUUUCGGCUCACUUAUUUGCUGUCUUCCAAGGUUUGCUUAAAGUGCUUGCUGGAAUUGACACCAACUUCACUGUUACAUCUAAGGCGUCAGAUGAAGAUGGGGACUUUGCAGAACUCUACCUGUUCAAAUGGACUACUCUUUUGAUACCUCCUACAACACUCCUCAUCAUAAAUCUGGUGGGUGUUGUUGCUGGAAUCUCAUAUGCCGUCAACAGUGGUUACCAGUCAUGGGGUCCUCUCUUCGGAAAACUAUUCUUCGCCUUCUGGGUGAUUGUUCAUCUCUACCCUUUCCUCAAAGGUCUCAUGGGGCGCCAGAACCGUACACCCACUAUUGUCGUUGUGUGGUCUAUUCUUCUUGCCUCCAUUUUCUCUUUGUUAUGGGUGAGGAUCGAUCCAUUCACUACUAGGGUUACAGGCCCAGACGUUCAGGAGUGUGGUAUUAAUUGCUAGGUUAACAACACGAAUCAACGAUGAGAAGCUGGAGGGCUGUCAAAUGCCAGUUCAAUCUGGAUAAGCCAGAGAGUCACGGAGGUCAGUUCAAUUUGCAGGCAUUUUUCUCCCCCAUCUGGCUAUUCUACCUGUUUUGUUUAUGUGAAAUUUGGUUGUGAAGAAUUAGAAAUGUGAAAUAUUUUCUUGUUUCAAUACCAAACAGAACUUCCACUCCCCUGCCCCUCUAGCUUGUAUACUCAGAAAGAGAGUGUUACAUUUACAUAUUUAUUCCAUUUAUAUAUAGGGCGGAAAUGCUGGGAGCUUGUAUAAUGCACCUAUUCAUUUAAUUUAAUGGCUUUAUGCCUCAGUGUAUCAAUGUAUUCAUUUACAAUCAUCCCCUUGAAUUCAGUUAUGAUAAUAUAAAUAGUUGUGUUGAUCA